GAUGCAACAGAUUAACCAGUGAAAAAAAAACAACACUCAUAGCCGUUGUAUUUCGAUCGAAACAAUCACAAUUUUGAUUGCUUAUUCGAAUCCCAAUUGUGUCUUCGUCUAUUCGAUUGUUAAGCUCAUAACACAUAUAUCCAAUUGAUUCCAUUCCUAUUGGAAGAAUAGGAAGAGAUAUAUUAUAGAGCCGUGUAUUCCGGCCGCGCCCAAGCAACAAGUUUUGUGUUUGUGCAGUGUCCCCCGUUAUCAGCCACCAUAGGCCUCUCAGAUACCGCGUUGAUGGACAUGGUGAUCUCUAAUUUGCAGCAACAGCGCGCUGUGACGGAGCAGCUGCGCAGGGAGGCUGCAAUCAGAAGGAUGCCUGUCUCCCAGGCUGUCUCUGAUAUUGUAAAAUACAUCAGUGACCACAUGCAGGAUGACUGCCUCCUGGUUGGAUUUUCCAGCCAGAGAAUCAACCCAUUCAGGGAGAAGAGUCCUUGCACUGUCUUGUAGAUUACGUUAACAAUACAAACAAAAUAUGAUACAAAGAUUAUUGCUUUCUAGAUGUUUAGUACCAAUUAAAAAUUAUUUAUGUUUUUUUUUAUAUAUGUACACAAAUCAAUGUAAUUAUUUGGAAAA